CAAAUUGGCGACGAGGAUUAUUGGUGUAGCACUUCGCAUUACAGUUGCAGAUAUUUUUUUCGAAUUAAAUUUACACGAAAGAAAACAUGGCAUCGGAAAAAGUUUAUGAAGCAUUAGUGGAUCUCUUGCAUCAACAAGAUCGUAGACUUCAACUGUUGGAGCACACAUUGAAGGAAACCGUAUCUACCAAUCCAUCAUCAGUGUCCAACAGUAGUGAAUUGAUCAUCGAGGCUUUGGCAAACAGCAUAAAGGAAUUUUCAUACGAUCCAGAAGACCACAACACGUUUGACAAGUGGUACAAUCGAUAUGAAGACACCUUUAUCGCAGCCAAGACUCAAAUCAAUGAGGAUGCACAAAUCAGACUUCUGUUGCGGAAACUCGAUCAUCCAUCUCAUACAAAAUAUGUCAACUAUAUACUGCCCCGUACAGUGAAAGAUUUCAACUUCGAAGAGACCGUGAAGAAACUCAAGGCGAUAUUAUGUCCACAGACAUCAAUUUUCAACCGACGUUUCAAUUGUCUUCAAAUGAAGAAGAAAGAUUCAGACGAUUUUGUAACAUAUGCAGGGAAAGUGAAUCGAAACAUAGAAGACUUCAUUUUCUCCGAGCUGGGUGUCGAACAAUUUAAAUGUUUAAUCUUUAUAUCAGGACUUCAAUCACACAAGGACAGUGACAUCCGUGCUAGAUUAUUACGUAGAUUAGAUACUCACACUACCGAAAAUCCUAUUGAGCUACAUCAUUUGGUUCAGGAGUGCCAGAAGAUGAUUGCAUUGAAACAAGAUACGGCACUGGUAGAAAACAAAAAUCCAGUUGUCUCUAAGGUAGAAUACAAGAAACAUCCGCAUCCACGUAAUAACAAUAAGCAACCAACUGCGACGGAUUUACCGAAAUAUCCAUGUUGGAAAUGUGGUGGAAUGCAUUUUGUGAAAUCGUGUGAAUUUAUCAAACACACAUGCACGGAUUGUAAGGGUGUAGGCCAUAAGGAAGGUUAUUGCAAGAGCGGUAAACAGAACAAUUCUCAGCAGGGGUAUAAAUCGAAUCCCAAAGCAGGGAAAGGCAAAUCUGUCGCUCAAACCAAACACGUAAGCAUUCCCAAUGUUCAUAAAGUGAAUUUCCAACAUAAAAGAAAGUAUGCUACCGUACAUAUUAAUGGUAAAAUGACGAAGCUUCAAUUGGAUACCGCAUCAGAUAUCACCAUUAUAUCAUCAGAUAUUUGGAAACAAAUUGAUGUACCAAUAACUGAACACACGUCAUUUCAAGCGAAAAAUGCAUCAGGAGAUCCUCUAGAGAUAAUUGGCAGUUUCUAUUGUGACAUAACUCUCAACGAGAUCACAAAGAAAGGCAAAUGCUAUGUCACUUCUAUUCCUGAACUCAAUUUGCUUGGUAUCGAUUGGAUGGAUUUAUUCGAUCUCUGGUCUCAGCCAUUAAAUACUGUAUGCAGUGCGGUAACAACAGAUGAGGAAGUUCCUCAUGAGUAUAUCAACAUAUUGGCUCAACAGUUCCCAGACGUAUUUUCAAAGCAGCUUGGCCUCUGCACAAAAACCAAAGUUAAAUUACAUGUCCUGCCAAGAACAAAGCCAACUUACAUAUCUAAACGACCUGUAUCUUAUUCAGCAUUGCCAUUAGUAGAUCAGGAAUUAAAACGUUUAGAAGAAAUGAACAUCAUUGAAAAGGUGGAAUAUUCACUCUGGGCGACACCGAUUGUCGUUGUACACAAAUCAAAUGGAAAAAUCCGAAUAUGUGCAGAUUAUUCCACGGGCUUAAAUACAGCACUCCAACCUAAUAGUCAUCCACUGCCACUUCCAGAAGACAUAUUCGCAUCAUUAACCGGAAACAAAUAUUUCUCCGUUAUUGACUUGUCGGAAGCGUAUUUUCAAUUGGCUGUAGAUGAAGAAUCGCAAGAACUUCUUACCAUUAAUACACAUCGCGGCCUAUACAAAUUUAAAAGGUUACCUUUUGGAGUCAAAACAGCGCCUGGUGUUUUUCAAAAUAUUAUUGACGCAAUGAUUGGUGAUUUACCAUUCGUCCAAUCAUAUUUAGACGAUUUAAUUAUCUUCAGUAAAAAUGUUACUGACCAUAAAUAUCAUCUAACAAAAAUAAUGAGCAGAAUCCAACAAUAUGGAUUCACUCUUCAAACACAGAAGUGUCAACUGUUCACAUCGGAAGUAAAAUUUCUAGGUCAAAUUAUCAGUGAACACGGUUUGAAACCAGACCCCAAUAAGAUUGACUGCAUCAGAAGAAUGCCUAUACCUACCAACAUCAGUGAGCUACGUUCAUUUCUGGGUGCUAUAAAUUUUUAUGGUAAAUUUAUUCAUAAAAUGAGCCAACUCAGAGGCCCACUUGACGUUCUACUCAAGAAGAACACUACAUGGUAUUGGACUCCGGAUCAACAAUCGGCAUUCGAUAAACUGAAGGAAGUAUUACAGAGUGAUCUUCUACUCACUCACUAUGAUCCGUUACUUCCAAUAAUAGUUGCAGCAGAUGCCAGCAAUCAAGGGAUUGGUGCUGUGAUUAUGCACGAACUCCCCAACAAGAGUCGAAAAGCAAUAUUUCAUUCUUCUCGUACACUGACAGAAACUGAGAAGAAAUACAGCCAAAUUGAAAAAGAAGCACUUGGUCUCAUUUAUGCAGUUACCAAAUUUCACAAAUACAUAUUUGGUCGUCAUUUCACAUUGGAGACUGAUCACAAGCCGCUUCUACAUAUCUUUGGAAAUAAGAAGGGUAUACCGAUCUACACUGCAAAUAGAUUACAGAGAUGGGCGUGUACGUUACUUCUUUACGAUUUCGACAUAACAUACAUUAAUACUGAUUCAUUUGGCUAUGCAGAUUUUUUAUCACGACUCAUCGAUUCUCAACCAAGAUCUGAAGAAGAUUCCGUCAUCGCUUCAGUAUACACAGAAAUCGUUAUCAACAGCAUUCAGACGAAUACUGUCACUUACCUUCCAGUGUUAUUCAAUGAAAUCGAACAGGAAUCCAAAAAUGAUUCUAAUAUCACGACAGUCAUUGAAUACAUGAGUUCGGGCUGGCCAUCUAACAAGAAGGAAAUUAGUACUGACCUUCUACCAUUUUUUAAUAGGAGAGACGAAUUAUCCGUAGUUCGUAACACCUUAAUGCUUGGAGAAAGAGUGGUGAUUCCUACUUCACUCAGGACCAGAGUCUUGAAACACAUUCACAAGGGUCAUCCAGGAAUAGAACGAUCCAAAGCACUAGCCCGCAGUUACGUUUAUUAUCCAGGAAUUGAUAAGGAUAUAGAGAGGUUAGUUAAAGAAUGUACUAAGUGCAUGGAGACCCGUACAUUACCUCAUAAGACUAAUCUCAAAUCAUGGCCUGUUCCACAAAAUGUAUGGGAACGUAUACAUAUAGAUUAUGCAGGACCACUGCAUGACAAAAUUUUCUUUCUCAUCGUGGACGCUAAAAGUAAAUGGCCUGAAAUAUUCAUUCCUUCAAAUUCCACUACUACAAGUACUAUUGCAUAUAACGGAUCGCAGUUCAGCAGCCAUCAGUUCCAAGAAUUUUGCAAAUUACAUGGCAUUGAACACAUAAAGACACCUGCUUAUCAUCCACAAUGCAACGGUCAGGCUGAGAGAUUCGUAGAUACUUUUAAAAGAGCGAUCAAACGUAUUAAUGAUGGAGAGGGGGUCGUAAAUGCUUUAAACACCUUCUUAACCACUUACCGCUACAUUCCAAAUAAAACACUCGAUGGAAAAUCGCCCGCCGAACUUAUGUUGGGACGAAAACCAAGGAACAUAUUGGACCUCAUGAAAUACUCAAACACAUGUGGUAUAAAGGAUCAACAUAAGAUUGAACAAGAAAGGCAAUUUAACAAGCGACAUGGAGCUAAAUCGCGCUCAUUCGUUAAAGGUGAAUUUGUAUAUGUGAAACGUCAUAUUGGUAAUCAUUGGAGAUGGUAUCCAGGUACGAUCGUUGAACAGAUCGGUUCCGUUUUGUACAACGUCUCGCUUGAUGGUGAAUGGAAUCAACCACAAGUCCGGGUUCAUACAAAUCAACUAAUUCAUCGAUCAUCGACAAAAGAUAGCCCACCAGAUGACGUUCACUCCAAACUUCCAUUGGAUAUUCUACUCGAGGAAUUCGAUAAUAUAUCCGAACCAGAACAAGAAACAUUUCUUACACCAGUAUCACCAAUUAGGGAUGUUUCUGAAAAUGUUAACCCUUCUAUUAUCAUGCCACAUCCAGUAGCCACUGUACCCAGACCAACUAGAAUUCGUGAAGCCCCAGGGUAUCUCAGCGACUAUGUGCUUUUCUAA